AUGGACCCACUCCUUUUCGCGCGAGCACUCGUCGUCGAACUGGCGGCGGAGCAUGGGCGCGGUCACAGCGGCGCGAACGCCAGUUCGAGUGUCGUGGCGAGUGUGGCAGCGACGGCACGUGCGGUGGUGGCAAGUGCAACGGGUGCGGUUCAGGCGGGUGGCCCGGCGGCGAAGGGAGGAGGAGGAGGAGCGGGUUCGCAUGGCGUUUCCUCCGUUUCAGCCUGGAACGCUGCCAUCGCCCGCGACUUCCAGUACGCCUUCGGGCUCGCAGUCGUCGUCUUCCUCCUCUUCGUCACGCCUCUCAUCGCCGGCUGGGCCGCGAACGGGCGCUGGAAGAGCGGAUGGAUGUUGCGCUCGUCGGCGGCGGAGAAGGACGCGCCUGUUGCGGUGAACGAGAAGGGCGAGAAGGGGACGGAGAAGGUCAGGGAUGCGGUUGUGAUGGACGUGUUUGACAGGCCGGCCCUGCUUCAGGUUGUUCCGACGAGCGCGCUUACUGCUUAUCUUCGCACGCUCUACAACCGCAUCCUCCUCCGCCCCUUCCCGAUCUUCCAUCUCACCCUCGGCCAGAUCGCCCUCUGCAUCGUCUACGGAGCCGUCGUCGUCUUCUGCCUCUUCUUUGAAUGCCUGGACCACCUCUCCAACUUCAACCGCACCGCGGCAGUCGGUGUCGGCCAACUCCCCGCCCUCUUCCUUUUCGCCAGCAAGAACUCUGCGCUUUCGGCUCUCGGGCAGGGCUACGAGAAGAUGAACUACCUUCACCGAGUCGCUGGCCGCCUCGUCGUUCUUUGCGGUCUCUUGCACGCAGUCUUUUACCUUGUCAAGCACCCGUUCGACCUGUCCGAGCCGAUGCAGCAAUCUGGAACGGCUUGUGUCAUCGCUUGCGGCUUGCUCCUCAUCCCGAGCGUCUCCUACGUCCGCAACACCUUCUACCAGUUCUUCCUUCUCUCGCACAUCGCCGGUUGGAUCACCUUCCUCGUCGGCCUCUACUACCACGCCCCGGACUUCGCGACGCCGUACCUCAUCUUCUGUUUCGUUGUCUACGGCCUCGACGUCGUCCUCCGCGUCGCCAAAACCCGCUUCGGCAAAGCCUCGAUUGUCGCACUCCCCGCCAACACACUCAUGAUCCAGUCGCACACCAUCUCGUCCGGUUUCCGCCCCGGCCAGCACGUCUGGCUUCGUACUUGGAAAGCGGGCGGUUGGUGGCGAGGCUGGGAGACGCACCCGUUUACGAUUGCGAGUGCGCCGGAGGGUGCGUCGCCAUUGCAGGGGUCGCACAGGUUGACGUUGCUGGUCAAGGCGGCGGGCGACUAUACGACAGCGCUCAAGAAGGCGGCGGAGGUCUCGCUUGGUGACUCAUCUGCCAAGGUUAUCGGGUGCGCUUUCGAGGGACCCUACGGCGGGCCGAUGCUCACCGACUUUGCCGAUGCUCAGUCUGUUCUCCUCGUCGCCGGCGGGUCCGGCAUUACCUUCUGCGCGCCAAUCCUCGAAGAACUCGUCUACCUCGCCACGGUCGGCAAGACCUCCGUCCGCUCUGUGACGCUCGUCUGGACGAUGCGUGAGGCGGAACUUAUCGAGUCGUAUCAGGCUUUCUUGGGCGGACUUGUCGAGGUUGCGAGGGAAAGGACGGCGCUCGAGGUCAAGAUCUCGCUGCACGUUACCCGUGCCCCGCUCAACGUCCCACCCGACACUCGCGUCAACGCAACUCUCCCUUCGCCCGUCCCACACUCUACUCUCUCCCUCGCCCGCCCCUCGAUCUCCUACGUCCUCGACGACAUCGCGUCCGACGUGGUCAGCAUGACUACUCGGAUGAACCUCGCAUGCGGCGGCGGCAUCGUCGUCGGUUCGUGCGGACCGAGGCAUUUGAUCGAGGAGGUCAGGCGCGCGGUUGGGCAGGUCCCGGUCGCCAAGGCCGUCGCAGUCGGCGGCAUCGUCGUCUGCGGCGAGACUUUCGGUUGGUAA